GAUUUUACUAUUUGGAAUCGAUCAGAGAUUGAAUUGUAUUGGCUUUUAAAUACAGUUGAUUUAUCUUAUUCUAAACGUGAAGAUUGGUUGAAAUUUACAGAUUAUGAUACUGGAGAAUUAUUGGAUACCAAACCAAUACCCAGUUAUUCUCAUAGGAGAAUUAGAAUCAUGUUUCGACCAACGGAAAUUGGCGAAUUUAAUUACGAUCUCCAACUUGAAAAUGCCAAUGAUCCUUCAAACGUUUUGCAAAGUAGGAUUCAUUCAGUUGUCAGAUCAGCGUUAAGGGAGGAGUCACUGGUAAUUAGUAGUGGAAAUGUCCUCGAUUUUGGAGAUUGCUGUGCUGGUGUCUGGAGCAAACAACAAUUGGUGCUAAAGAAUGUCAGUGAGAGACCUUUGGAAAUCCAUUUCGCAUCUGAAAACGCUGAUGUAUCAUUUCAUUUAAUUACUAAUGAAUUGACGAAAUAUGACAAUAUAAAUAAGAGAGCUCAUAUCGAAGAUUUGGAAGACAUAACACCAUUACAUAAUAAGUUUAAUGAAGCAAAUGUUUCCAAUAGUUCAUCCAUGGUAAAUAAUGUCAAUUCUAAUUCAAUUAGUGAAAUUUCAGUUCCUGGUAGUGAAGUUAGUUCUAGGUCAAUGUCUCCAGUUGCUCCGGCCCACGAGUCCGAUGGACUAAUUUCUCCUGAAAAUACAAGCGUAGUCAGUGAACCAUCAUCAGAAACUGCAUCAAGGUCAGCGAGUAGACAUCGCACCAGUGUUAUGGAAGAUUCAGAUUUGGAAAGUUCAUUCAGUGAAAAUAUCACUGGACGUAGCUUUUUAAUUAGCGAUUCUUUUAGGAAAUCUGAUAUUGGUAUUGGAGACGUUGAUGGAUUCGCUCAAAUAGAAGAAGUUCAUCUUAAACCAGGGAAGGAACGUACAGUUCAAGUGUCUUACCGCCCAGAGAAAGUUUCCUCAGCCACGGAUCUCAACGCUAUUCUACUUACUCGCAAGACAUUUCGUAUUAUUGUGCAAUAUGCUCCUAUCAAUGCUAGCACAACUAGUUUGAGUACAGGCGGUCAAGGGCGCAAAAUUAUUCAGUGUAAAGCUCGCAGCUGUACCUCAUUUAUCGAAGUCAGUCCAAAGGAAGUCAAUUUUGGAGAUACAGAUGUUGGCACUCUUAAAUCAAUGCCGAUUCUUAUUACUAAUUUAUCAGAGUUGACUGCGCGUGUUGAGCUUAGAUUUGUUUCAAAAGUUCUCUAUUGUAUUCGUAAAGAAAUAACUAUUCCACCAAAGCUUUCAACAGAAGUCAAGCUUGAUAUGUAUCCUAGAAAAAUAAACGUGGAAUAUCGUAAGCAAAUUACUGUUGUUAAUUUACAAAAUCGCGAUAAUGACCAAAUAAUUGAAGUUAGAAGUACAAAUAUUGACAAAAAUCGCAUUACCUUUCAUUCAUUAUUUUAUCGAACUUUAACAUCAAAUGGCAGUAAUUUCAUUGAUUUUGGAUAUACCGUGUUAAAUUCACCAUCUAUACGAACUUUUACGAUCGAUAAUAUUAGUAAAAAGAAAUUAGUUCUUGAGAUAACGUCUUCUUUGGCUGAGGAGAUAGUAAUGUAUCAGAAGCGCAAAAAAACCGAUGACCUUGGCAAUCAAGGAGACGUCAUUAUGACGGAUCUUACCAACUCAUAUAAUAAUUUUGGAGGUAGCGGAGAAAUUGAUUCAAAUAAUUCCAAAAUAGAAAAAAGAGAGAAGCUAUUAAGAUCUAUUUGUGAACGUCGAUUAGUGAAAAAAAGUCCUUUAACUACUGACUCUUCUGGGACAAAUAUAGCGAAUUUAUCUGCAGUAAAUGCUCCAAUCCAGACGGAAGAAGCUCAUUCUAGUAUAUCCAAUAAACGACUUAUUCCAAAUACAUCUGACGCCUCUCUGAACGAGUCAACAACAUAUAAUACGGAUUACCUUGAUUUGGCCGGUUCUAAGUCCAUAGAUUUACGUCGUUCUCCACGAAGAAGGCAACAGAAAACACCAAUAAGUAAAACUACUGUAAUUAGUGUAAGUCCCGCAAUUGAAAGGAUAAAAGAGAGUCAUUCUGUACCUAUUGCUACAAGUGGCUCUGGCAAUGCUAGUGCUUUAAAUAUUAGUUCAACUAAUAUUGCAAACGCCACUUUUGAUAAAUCGAAUACUGAUAUCGGUGAUGGUAACAUUGGCGAUGAGUCAUUCGUAGGAAAAUUAGAUCAUGAUUCAGAAAGCACAAGCCUAAUACUUGCAAAAGGAAACUAUGCCAAAAAUAAGGCUGUAGAUAAGUACCUAUUCUCCAAUACGCCAAUAGACACGCUAAUCACACUCCUUGAGACCAAUGACAACACAACUCCACUGUUAUUUCCCAAGCCAUCCCUUGAAGAAGCCUACGUGCGAAGACAAAUUAGUCUUAUGCGAGAAUUACAUAAACGGAUAAGCGAUCAUCAGAUUGUCCCAAUUAAAAUGGUAGAAAUUCCUCCCUCCGGAGAAACUCAGAUUGUAGUAAUUUUUACACCAAAGCAAGCGCUGCGACCAAAUGUACAAGGACUACCGAAAAAAUGCGAUGCUAAAGUAUUUAUACGUCUAGUGGAUUUUGAUCGUGACAUUCAGCAGCCCCAGUUCGAUGGUUUACUUCAUGGUAAUCAAGACCAAAUUCCUGUCAGGGAGCUUAUGGUGAAUGCUACAUUGUGUAGGUCAUAUAUGAUUCUUGGGCAAAAAAACAUCAAUUUUGGAAUAUUAGAUAAGGGUGAACGUCGAAAUAAGACCAUACUCAUUCAGAAUCGAAGUGAAGCACCUUUGCUAUAUUUUAUACGAAAGUCCGGAUCUAUUGCGUCUAGAGACGUUGGAUUUGGUGCAGGUCGAUCAGGAGUCGUUCGUGGAUAUGGCAAUAAAGAAGUAGAAUUCACUUUUAAGCCUAGAUUUGCGGGUCAAUUUUAUGAGAAAUUUAUUAUUGAAAAUAUUCAAGACCAUGAUAAUGACCAAAUGCUUUCAGUAAAAGCGGAUAUACGUAAACAAUUUAACUUUCUGAUUCAGCCAUCAAAUAUUGAUUUUGGUGCCUGUCUAAUUAAUGAAAAUGCACCAAUCGUAAAGAGCAUCACAGUAAGCAAUAAUAACAAGCAAUCGCGCAUAAUCGAAGUACGGAUUGAUCCACAAGAUUUAAAAUUUAAUGCGUGUGUUGGUGAAUUGAAUUUUAUCCUUCAAGAGGAAGUUGAUGGGGCAUUAUCAACUGGUGGAAUUCUUAGCAAGGAGACGGAAGAAAAAAUUGAAGAAUUGGAACAAAAAGUUAAAAUUGCAAGGCGUAAAGGUCAUACUAGCAAAGCGGAACAAAUUGAAAAACAAUUGGAAACAUUGCGACGAGGGAAAUUAGGAAUUGAGGAGACAAAGAUUGCAAAUGAAUCAGUUAACGAAGUUGUUACAGACUAUGUCAAUGACAUUGUAUCAAAAGAAGAAAAGUCAAGUUGUGCUAGUGAUGAACAACAAACAAUUUCAGAAGAAGCAUUGUUGGGCAGCUUAACCAAUGAACGCCCUGGUGAAACCAAUUUUACGCAAGGUAAACAGCCAUCACAUGCCGAAAAAGUGACCGAUUACCCUUCUAAACGCGUGUUAAGCUCUAAUUCUAGCAAUGGAAAGGAUACAAAAUACAAAAAAACUCCUACAUCAAUUAUUUUCUCUAUUGAACCUCAAACUACAAAAACAGUGGCUUUAUGUUUCAGGGCAAAUUCAACCAUCGAGGAGACCACGGAUCAAAGAACACCUUUCGAACAAAUUACUGGCAAAAUACAUGUACAUGAGCAUAAGAAUACUGAUGUUGUUAAAACCAUUAGUUUUCGAACUAUAAUCUGCUAUGAGUAUUCAAGUUAUCUGCAAGUGCUAAAUGACGCAUCUAAUAACCAUGAGAACCGUCCCGAAUCAGAGUUUUCCGCUAUAGUAACAGACAUAUCUGAGCAAGUAGUAAAAGAGAGGCCAAAUUCAUAUGCAAAUCCUCCUGAAAAUAAAGAGCAUUUACCUGAGAAUUUGAGUUUAGAUCCAGAUAUCCUCAACAUUGGAAGACUUGAAGUCAAUCAAAAUCACAAUUAUUACUUCAAAUUGUCAAAUAGAGGCGAUAGUUUGUUAGAAUACGAAAUUGUUGUUCCGGAAAACGAAUGUUCGUUUUUUCAAAUUGAAGAGAAACACGGAAAAUUAUCAGCUCAAGAAACUCGUCGCAUUUAUUUUUCAGUUUUCGCAACCAAUGUUGGUCGUCAACAACAUUCAUUGACCGUUCGGAAUUGUGAAACACAGGCUAAAUGCAGCUUUACUCUUCAUGGUUAUAUCCAUUAUGCACAAUAUCUAUCUUUUCCUUCACUUGGAGAUGAGCUAAAUUUGGGAUGUUGUUAUGUUGACCCUGGAAGAAAAUAUUCACAAGUUACUCCUCUUAUAGUGGAAAAUAUUACCGAUGAAGACAUUUUCAUCAGUUGUCAAAGUAAUUUGUCUUUUCAAGUAUCAGUUUUUCUUGAUGAAAAUUGUGAACGUGGUCAAGUCGUUGAGACUUUGUUAAAGAAAAAAACUGUGAUGACGGUUUGGGUCGCUCUACAGCCUAAUCUACUUAGUGGGGUCCCAGCAGCGUCUAGAAAAAAUAGUGGUAAUACAGGGAAUUCAGGAAACACUUCUAUAGCUACUAGCAUAGUUGAUCGAAAUGCGAUUGCAAACGGCGAAUGCCGUGUAUUAAUCGGUGGCAUUAAAUUUUCAAUCCAAAUUAAAGAAGCCGAUGAGCUCCAGACUAUGAAUUCUGAUUCUGGUAUUGUAGACAUGAAACAUAAAGAAUUGGGGCAUGAGUUGUUUCCAGUAAUCACUCAGACCGUCAAGUUCACAUCUUUAAUUGGUCGUUCUGUAUUGUCGGUUUCGGACUCUUUAGUAAAUCUUGGCUCGACUACAGUUGUGGGUGAAACAUUUUAUGGCUCUUUCACUGUACGUAACAUGUCUAGUCGUCUUCCGCUAGAUUAUGUGGUUGAAUGUUCCAGUGGUAAUAUCAUUUUGGAUCGUUCUGGUGGCACACUUGAAGGAUGGGAAUGUAAAUAUAAUUUAAAUGAAUCUUCAAAUAAUAAUACCAUGUCAUCCGAUAUUAAAGAAGUCACUAGUAAAAAUGACAUUAAUGAUAAAUCUUCAGCGCUUAUUAAUUUUCGUGUUACGUCGUGUAAGUACGGGCUUUUUCAAGACAAGAUUGUUGUAACAAAUAAAAAUAAUGCAGGUCAGGUUGUCGAAAUUGAGGUUCGGCUAUUUGUUGAUCCAAACACACUUUCGCUCUUGACUGAGGAUGAUAAUGGAAAGACAAAUGACUCUGAAAAUUUACCAAUUAUUUCCUGGGAGAAUGUGUUUGUAUCAGUUAGCAAUUUUGAAUCAAAUUUAUCAAAUUUAUCCGUUGAGGGAGAAGUUAAGGAAUGUGUGAAUAAAGAACUUCAAGCUUUCAUUCAAAAGGAGCGUCGGGCGACCUCCAUUCCAUUGUAUGAACAAUCUGCUGAAAUUUGUAAUAAAUCAUCUACUCAGAUUAUGCAGAUCCUUCCUUUGAGUGACUUAAAUGUAGCGAUUAGGUGGGAAUCUUUUGAAAAUAUUAGAGCAGUUAAAAUACAAAAUGAUGGAAUACAACAUCAUUAUUCUCCAUUCAAAAUUUGUGGACCUUUGCUUGAACUGAAACCUGGAGAUAAAGCACGUAUUUAUUUAAGCUGUCCACAACCGGAUUCUUUAACUCAAGAAGAAUUAAAUAUGAUUUCAAAUGGAAAUAAUGUUAGCGUUCAAGGUGUAUUCUUCUUGAUUGAUGAAAUUCAAAAUCUCGUCGUAAAAUUGGUUGAUAUUCGUGCUACAUUCUGCGUCUCAAAGGGGGAAUUGAGCACACCUAUUGUGAAUCUUGGGCGUAUAGGUUAUUCAAAUUCUUGGUCUGACGUGCAAUUUCGAUUCUCUGUGAGGAAUACAUCUGACAUACCAUUAAAUUACGAAUUGGAAAGCCCUGAUUAUAUUGAAAUUGAUAAUUCAAAUAAUUCUAAUCAAGUGGUUGCUCUUAAGCACAUAGUAGAGCCACAUGCUGACCAAAUUAUCACAGCAAUACUUAAACCUCGUCUAAUACCCAAUUUUGCUGCUGGUAAACGCACAUUUAUAGUCAAUGUUCUUAAUACGUACAACCCUUCGAAUGUUUUAACUUUAAAAGUCAAGUCGAUGCUCACGUUGUUCGAGCUUAAAUUUGAUCGUCUAACGCAAGGUGAACUAGUAAUGCCUACACUUUACCAUCCAAUUCCUUCAUCAGAUGUUCCAUGUGAUGCUUGGUUUACAAUCCUUAACGUGAGCGACCAAGACAUUCGGUUCGAAAUUGGAGUAGAACUCAAACCUGAUGUGUCUCAAUUUGUAAAAGUUGAUGUUCUUUCCAGAUAUUCCAAUUCUCCGUUAGUCGGUGUAGUAUCAAUUAGUGGUAAUGGUUCUAUAGAAGUCAGAGUACGCGUUUAUCCGAUUGAAGAAAGGCGUAUACCUUGUAAAUUUUCUCAUCUCACAGAUAAUAACGGUAUAAUCUUUGGAAAUCUUUGGGUUGCAACAAAGCAGAAUGAUAAUAUAGAUCAGAAAGUUGCUGAAAAUAUACCCAUUCGUGGUGUUAUCACGGAAUCUGUAAUGUUCUCUACAUCUCCUCAAAGGAUUCUGUUCAAGACUACAUGGUCUUCGGAUGGUGAAAUUACAGAUGAAGAUCACUUUAAAAGCCAAUCGAUCUCGAUUCAUAAGCAAAAGAUAUCUUCACAUAUAUCGGAGGAGCCUUCAGUUACUAGCGACUCGGAGGAUGCGUUCGUUCAAAAUGAUUCGAUCAUUAUUACAAAUAAUUCAGACAAAAUUCCCCUUUCUUUUGGAGUUCAAAUUGAAGGACCGAUGGAAUUCUCUGCAAAAGAUAUUAAUAUUACUCCUUUAGAUGAAAAUGGAUGUGGGACUGUAGAAGCAGGCCAAAAGCUCUCAUUAGGAGUUGACUUUGUCAAUUCUGCGGUAGCAAUAUCAGAGGACAUUAAGAUUCAUAUUGUAGAUUUAUUAUCGCUCUGUGGGCAAAAGAGGACCAUUCUUGUUAGUAUUGAGUCCGACACUAGAGAACAUCGCAGCAAAACAAAGAGAAUACCUAGAUCUGAAGAUAUAUCUGAUUCUGUAACAUUUGAAACUGUUGAUUUUAUUCAUAAACCUUUACCACCAUUGGAAAGUAGACGCACGUAUCAGGAAUCCUCAUCCGAUCUUCCUUUUAUAACUCUCCGCGGAUGCAAAAAAAUUGGAGGAGCCACCGACCCUGGUGAUCGAUAUGAACUGGAUCUUGGACAACAGGAUCUUGGUUCUCCUACCAUUGCAAAAAAACUGACACUCGAGAAUUUAACUUCUCAACAAAUUUCCUACCGCCUUAAAACAGUUUUCGAAAACGACAAAAAUUGGCUUAAUAUUAAUCGAAUCGAAGGAACACUAGAGACACCAUUAGAUGCUCAUACAAUCACUUUGAGUUUUUCUACGAACGCCAGGAAUAUUUAUUCCACUUAUUUAAUUAUCGAAAAUUUAAAUAACCCCUCAGAUAUCAAGACUAUAAGAGUUAUGAUGGAGGUUGUCGCACGCCAAAAUUUAAGGCGAGGGACCAAUACACCACUUCCCAAUAAUCACGUAUUUGAUAUUUACGUGAACGGUGUAGAUAUUAGCCACACGUGGAUUGAGAUGCUCAACCUUUUUUAUGGUUCUGAAUAUUCUGCUCGUAGCAUGGUAAUUUAUAAUAGAGAGACUGUCCCUCUCCAAUUUACGUUCCAAACAAAUCUUGAUUAUGAUGAUCCGACAGAAAUAGUGUUUUCCACAUCAAGGAUAUCCGCAAAGUUAUUUAAAACACUUACUGUUGAGCCCGAAAGUAAUGUACGAGUCUACAUUUAUUUCCGACCACUUCCUUCUCGAGAAAUUCAGAAAUCUUUAGAAAAUGGUUUAAAGGAUCCCGAGUUAAUAGAGGAGAAAAUUAUUGAAAUAUAUGUAAAUUGUAGACUUGUAAAGGAUUAUCAGCAAACUGUUAUACUAAAAGCAGAAUGCAAAAUCCCUUCAUUACGAGUGGAUUAUGAGGAUUCGGCUUUAACAGGAAAAAUAUGUCGACAAUAUUCUAAUGAUGAUGAAUUUACCAUACAGUUUGAUCAAGAAUUUCGAGAAAUCAUGAUUAGAAAUUUACUUGAUACUUCACUAGAAUAUGAAAUAGUAAAUGAUACAAUGUAUUUCAGUUUGGACAUCUCCCAUUCCAAUAAAGAGGUUGCUCCAAAAACAGAUCAUCGUAUUAUAGUACGACCAAAUGUUAAAGCUCUAUUGAAAAAUGUUGAAAGUAUUAGGCGGGAAAAAUAUAUUCAAGAGCAUGUUACGGUGUACAAUCGAAAUCGACCGUCAGAAAAUUACUGGAUACCGCUUAGAAUAAGCUUUGGUUACUUUACAAAUUUUCAGCUGGCAUCGGGUUACAAAGCUUCAUAUGCUUUUGGCGUUCUUGAAAAUCGUACUGUGCAUUUUCUGAAUAAUUUUAAUCGUAAUUCCCAGAAUCUUCCAUUACUCGAUACUUGUAACGAUGAGGACUUUAAGAAAAAGAUGCUAGAUCUUGAAUUUCAAUACUAUUACAUUGUCGACCAAUUAGUUUAUUACUCCACAAUUAAAACAGAAGAAAAUUGGUUUCAACUAGCCAGUUUAUUAUUUGGGUAA